AUCCACAAAAUAUUGAUUAAAAAUGCUGUCUUGAACGCACCUGGGAUCGCAGCGGUGUAGUCCUAGUGCUGGAGACUGAAAUGGCGAACUUAGGGGCCGCUUCCAAGAUGCUAAUGGGCACAACAGCCUCUGCAACCUACAUCCGUCCUCUGACGUGCGCCGCCGCGGCCGCCACUGCCUCUCAUCCUGCGCGGCUGGUGCCACAUCCACACGACCUGAUCAAGUGGGUGAGGAGGGAAGGGGGUUUCGUGCACCCGGCGGUGAAGAUGGCACAAGCUGAUAGUUGUUAUGGCCUUGGAUUGGUAGCUUCUGAAGAUAUUCCAAAAGGGUCUGAGCUCAUUGCCCUCCCUCAUCACCUGCCGUUGCGAUUUGCUGCUCUGGAAUCGGAUGGAGAAGAUGGUUUUGAAUCUGUCUUGGUCAAUUUGGCUCGUCAAGUUCCUGCGGAGCUGUGGGCAAUGAGGUUGGGUUUGAAGCUUUUACAAGAAAGAUCUAUACUUGGUUCCUUUUGGUGGCCAUACAUCAGCAAUCUUCCUGAAGCAUAUAGCGUACCAAUUUUCUUUUCUGGGGAGGAUAUAAAGAACUUGCAGUAUGCUCCUCUUCUCCACCAGGUAAACAAGAGAUGCCGGUUUCUUCUUGAUUUUGAGAAAGAAGUCAAACAUGUACUUAAAAACCUAAAGCCAGAUGACCAUCUUUUCAGCGGCCAAGAUGUAGAAGCAUCCUCCGUUGGGUGGGCAAUGUCUGCAGUUUCAUCCAGGGCAUUUCGUUUGUAUGGGAAAAAUGAUCAGGACGGUAGCCACACUGAUAUCCCCAUGAUGCUUCCUCUCAUUGACAUGUGCAACCACAGUUUCAAUGCAAACUCCCAGAUUGUUCAGGAACAGGAUGCAGGGAACCCGAAUGUGCUUGUGAAGGUUGUGGCAGAAAUGCAUAUUAGGCAAAAUGAUCCUUUGCUGCUUAACUAUGGCUGUUUGAGAAAUGAUCUUUUUCUUCUAGAUUAUGGAUUUGUUGUGGCUUCGAAUCCGUAUGAUUGUAUUGAGCUUACAUAUGAUGGUGCCCUUCUUGAUGCUGCGAGCAUGGCAGCCGGGGUCUCAUCCCCAAACUUCUCUUCACCAGCUCCAUGGCAGCAAAAAUUUCUUUCUCAGCUAAAUUUGGAUGGAGAAACUCCUUUUCACAAGGUGACCUUAGGAGGUCCAGAACUGGUGGAGGGGCGUUUGUUGGCUGCCUUAAGAGUACUCCUUUCAAGUGUCGAGGAAACAGUAGAAAAGCACGAUAUGGACACCCUUAAAUCUUUGUCAGCUGAGGCUCCUCUUGGGAUAUCGACUGAAGUAGCCGCCCUUCGCACUGUUGUUGCCCUUUGUGUGAUUGCUUUGGGACACUUCCCAACCAAAAUAAUGGAGGAUGAAUCCUUGUUGAAGCAGGGUGUCUCUGAGUCCACUGAGUUGGCUAUCCAGUUCAGAAUCCAAAAGAAAUCUGUUAUUGUCAAUGUGAUGAAAGAUCUCACCAGACGGGUAAGGUUACUUCUGUCAAAGGAAACCGUCACAGCGCGAGGCUAACUUGCCAUUGAGGCUAACCUUCUUCUUCUAUGUCUUUCUGUGUGUGUGUCUGUGUGUGUAUUGAAGAUGCAUGUUUCCUUCAGUACUCACAACUUUUUCCUGUAUUCGUUUAGUUUUUUCAUGCUUGUAGCUAUUUGAUUUUGUUGCUAAAAAAUAUUGGCUGCUUUCCCCUAGGCAAAGCAGAUCAGAUUGGAUAAUUUGUGGCACAUAAGGCGGAUUAUUGGGAUGAGAAAAUUACAAUUCAUAUUCAAUUUAAUUAAGUGGCCGAUUUAUGACAGUUCAAAUCGGAUAAUUUGUGGUGAA